AUGGCCUCCUCUGGCUCGGCCGCGGCGAUGGGCUCGUCCUCUACGGAUCCCUCGUCUGCACCCUCCCCGCGCGACCGCAUCAUGACGCAUAUGAACCGCGACCACCAGCGCGAGCUCUCCCUCUACCUGCGCCACUACGCCGGCCUCAGCCGCUCCGCCGCCUCGUCGCCGUGGCUCAAGGACUGCACUUUCGAAGGCAUGACCAUCGCGGCCGGCGGGCUCGGCGGCAAGGAGUUCUUUAUCGAAUUCAAGCCGGCCCUCACGGCGUGGGAGGACGUGCGGCCUGCCGUCGUGGAGAUGGCGCGCGCGUCGCAGCAGGCGCUGGGGUACAGCGACAUCACCGUCGGGCACUUUGCGCCGCCGCAGGGCUUUGACGUCGUUGUGUUUGGCGCCGUUGCGUUCUACUUUGUCUGCUGGCUCACGCUUGGGUUUGUGCUGCCCGGCACGCCGAUCUGGUCCUUCCUCCAGACCGCGUUCCCCGGUGGCCCAAGGUUCUAUCGGUGGUUGGUCAAGGCCAUCUUUCUGCCCGUGUUGGGAAUUCACCUGAGCGAAUGCUAUUGGUUCCACCGUACGAGGCUUCAGAGGCACGGCAUCGAGUUUGGAACCGGCUUGUGGUGGACGUGGAUUGGAAGUCUGUUCUUUGAGGGGCUACCUGGCUUUUGGAGGUUCGAUGGCAUUGUUGCGGCUAAGAGGCAGGAGAAGGAGACUGAUGCCACGUCGUCCGUAUUCCAGACUGCACGACUUGCCGUCCUCCGAGGGGAUGGCAGUGCCACAUUGAACGCCUCGGGAAGCCUUGCCGCCCGCCUGUCUUCUGAUAGCCCCACCGGGCACUUCUGCGAGACAAACAACGCUAUCUCUGGGAGUUGA